CAACCCAAACCUGCUGUUUUAAGAUAUUGCUUGGAUUCAAAGCUGUUUAUACUUGCUUUCUCGUGUUUUUUGUGCUUUUAUUCAUCAUCUUUUUACAAGUUUAUAAAAAUGAUAACUUGUGUGUCAUUAUGAGUUUUAUAUUCACAUUCAUCAACAUUUAAACUACCCGAAAUCAAUAAUUUAAAAGUAGUAUAUCCUGAAAAUAAUUAUACAUUGGUUUGGGUUUGUUUUGAAACUUGAUCAUCUGUUUAUCUUUUAAACCAUAUUUUUUUCUCUUGUGACUAAAUGUUCAAUCAUAAUAUUUAUCUUGAUCUUAAUCGUUGAAGCCUAAGGAAUCUUCGUAAAUUUUUCAUAGUCAUUAUCAAGUUUCAAUCUUAUCUAAAGCAGCAAUAGAUAUAGAAUGGAUAAUCCAAUUAUGGUUGGACCUACGGAUAGUUACCCUCUUCCAUGUGAAAGAAUCUUACCUGACUGGCCUUGUGUAACUGAAAGAUAUUUUGAGCCUAGGUUUUAUGCGCCAAAAUUAACCAAAAGAGUUCCUAUUGAAUGCCACAUUGGCCAUCAAUGUGUACUUUUUCAUAGCAAUAGGAUUGGAGUGGUUACUCUGGCUCAUAACCAUCCUUUGCUGACUAAUGACAGUCCAGUAGAGAAACUUGAUUUUCAAGUAAAAGACAACACAAACCGACUUGAUAACAAAGUUUCGGGUAAAUGGAAAAAAGGUGGACAAAGAGUUGACCAGAAUUCUCAAUUGUGUAUCGCUACAUGCAAAGAUGGAACUUCUUAUGCAAUUUUCGCCUGCAUGAGAGGCACUCUGAUCGAAAUCAAUGAGAAACUUUUCACUGACCCAAACAUUUUACGACAAAAACCAUGGUCAGAGGGUUACAUCGCUAUUAUAUUUCCUUUGGUGAAAAGUUUCAAGACCGAAAAAGAAAGCUUAAUGUCGUGGACUGAUUACAAAAAAUUUCUGGAUGAAUCAGAACCAAAAAAUAACGAAAUAACUGAAAGUGAUUCAUAAUUUCACUAUAAUUAUUUAUGGCCUCUUUGGUUAUGGAACCAAUUAUUAACUAUUCAUGGUCAUCAAAUUACAUUUCUGGACAAUUUUGUAUUUAAAACUUUUGAUAUGUGCGCAAAUUCGGAGGAACUCAUUUCCUAAUAUGGAAAUAGCUUUCAGUGUUUUGCUUGUCUUGUAGAUUCAUGUCUUGUGAAUUUUUAAACUCGGUUAUUUUGCU